GCAUCUACGGCCAAGUAUAAUUAGAGUACGAAUAAGAUGGUUGACUAGGGACAAGGGUAUCGCCUAUUCUGAUGCUCACUGACUCUUAUCUCGGUAUUUUGUUAUUCUCCGGCUCUAUCAUCAAGCGGGGUAUAUUCACUUAACAUCAACUUCUCGCAACCAUCACCAGUAGAUAGCCAAAAUGUCAGCCAACAAGUCUAUCUAGAGCCACUGGACAGACCAUGGAGCUGCAGAAUUCGACCUCCGAACCGACACGACUACAAAACCAACCCCCCAUGCUCGAAGUCAUCAUGGCAAUAACCCUCUCAAAUGAUGUAUUUCUGGAAGACGAAGCCACCAACCCUCUGCAAUAAUACAUGGCAACCCGCACCGGCCAUCAAGCAGCUUACUCGUCAUGUCCAGCAUGAUGGGAAAUUAUGUUGCUAUUCGGACACAUUUCAACCAGCCCCUAUACGCUGUUCCCUGUGAUCAUCGAUCUGAUAUCCUCACGUCUGAGUCAGCAGGCGUGAGCGCGUGGACUGGGGCGACUGUUGUGGGCGUUAUGUCUCGGAAUGGACGGUCCUUGACAGUGGAAGAUAUCCAAGAGCAUGCUGUGUUGAGGGAUAAUAUCGAUCAUUGUCCGAUGAGACUUAUUAGCCUAGAGAAGAAUACACUCCACGGACUCGUGAUGUCGCUGGACGAAACAAGUCGGAUUAUCAACUGGGCCCAUAACCAUGACAUCUGCGUUCAUUUUGAUGGAGCCAGACUCUGGCAUGCUGUUGUUGCCGGAGCAGGGAGUCUAUCUGAGUAGACCUCCAUCUUUGACAGCGUGAAUUUGUGUUUCUCGGAAGGCCUGGGUGCACCCAUUGGAGGUAUCCUCGUGGGUUCAGCAGAUUUUAUCAACAAAGCUCGUUGGUUUCGAAAGCCUAUCUGACGGGGAAUCCGUCAGGCGGUGAUUAUAUCAGCUGCUGCGAGGGUUACUAUAGAUCAUGUUUUUGGUUUAUAUGGAUACGGAAGGAAUGGGAAGCUCCAAGAUACCCACGCCAAAACCAAGAAAAUAGCCAACAUGUGGACGAGCCGGGGAGGAAAGUUAGUCCUCCCCGCGGGGACGAGCAUGGUCUGGCUCGACCUUGAUGCUGCAGGGAUUGAACCGGGAUAUAUGCAGGAUGUUGGAAAGAAGAGGGGGCUGAGACUGGCCGAGAGGAGGAUUGUGGUCCAUUAUCAUAAGUCAUCACUUUUUGAUAGACUGGUCUAACAUGAG